GUGUGUCGUUCUGACGAUCUUCGCGAGAAGUAUUUGGAGAAAAAUAACAAACAAAGCAGCAUCUAGAGUACGUUUUUGCAUUCAGGACAUUAUCAAACUGCAUGUAACUGGGAGGAUGAGAAAAACAGGACGAAAGACUUUUACGAUGAUGAGACUUCCACGUUUUUCUGGUAUUUCAUUCAUGUGGUUGAUGUUUCUUAUGAUUAAGGAAUACUCAUACUGUGUUGUGUUUGUUCAUAUUUGCAUGUAUUCUUAUCUACGUUGCCUUGCUAGAAAAUGGCAAUUAUUCUUCCGAAUACAAUAUGAAGCGUGGUAUUAGUGCGGUUAUCAUGGUGUUUCUCUUGUUUGGAGUUUUACACACACCAGAUGGCCCGUUUCUCCGACCACAUCCUGCUUUUUGGCGCUUUAUACUCUGUCUUAGCAUUUUAUAUGAGCUCAUACUAGUUUUCCUGUUAUUUCAAAGUGUAGACGAUGCUCGUCAAUGGUUACGUUACUUAGAUUUAGAGCUUGGUAAACCUUUGGAAGAAAAGGAUUAUGGUGGGAAUUGCCGAAUAUACGAUUGGGAUAGACCAGACAAUCCAUGGCACAAUGUCAUCUCAAAAAUGGAUGGUUUCGUGACAGUUCAUUUUGUUGGCUGGUGGGCUAAAACAUUAAUCCUCCGAGAUUAUUGGAUAUGCAACGUCUUAAGUUUUGCUUUUGAAGUAUUAGAAUACUCAUUAGAGCAUCAGUUGCCAAAUUUCUCAGAAUGUUGGUGGGACCAUUGGAUCAUGGAUUUUCUAGGUUGCAACCUUCUUGGAAUUUGGUUAGGCAUGAAAACAAUCAAUUAUUUAAGCAUGAAACCGUAUCAUUGGCGAUGCAUGUGGAAUAUUCCCAGUUAUAGAGGCAAACUUCGUAGAGUCAUGUUGCAGUUCACCCCUCGUCGAUGGACUGAUUUCGAUUGGCGUCCGACUGGAAGUCUAAAGAGAUGGCUGGGGACUUUGGUUCUUGCGAUUGCAAUACUUACAGCAGAAUUGAAUACUUUUUACUUGAAAUUCGUACUUUGGGUACCACCUCCCCAUUUCUUGUGUCUUGGACGUCUGGUUUUCCUGAUCUUGAUGGGAGCCACUGCUAUUCGUGAAUAUUUUGAAUACCUUGAUGAUCCUAAAUGCAAACGAUUCGGGAGACAAGCAUGGAUGAUUUCAAGCAUUAUUAUAACUGAACUCUUGAUAGUAAUGAAGUUUGGUUGGGACACAAUUACUAAACCAUUCCCCAGACACAUAUCCAUCUUCUGGUCGUUGGUUUUAAUCGGUUUAGUAUCAUGGACUUUCUGGCACUUUUAUAUUUUACCUUGGUUGUUUCGAUGGAGUCGCGUAUCGAAAACUGGGAAACCACUAGAAGAAACUAUUCAAAAUCAUCGCCCACAGAAGGUUGAAAACCCUGUUGUUUAUAGACGUAAUGCCAGGUCAUCAGUAAAGUUGUUAAAUCAUUCAUAG